GAGUGUCGACUCGCUAUAUCUCCCGGAACCUCCACGCAGUCCUCGAGAAUAAUUCAUCAACGUCGAGCUGUGUCGGGGGCGACUAGAGUCCGGACGAUGACACACAAUGACACACAGCGACUCCUCCGUGCGGCGACAUUCACCCUGACGACAGACACUCUCUCCACGCUGCUGCCAUUGAGAAACAAACUCUACAGAAAGGCAGCAGCGUGCCCACCACUGAAUGUUUUCCAAAGAUCACAGCAGCGAUAAUAUGUACACUAGUCGGGAACAGUUUCUCUUCUAACACAAGUACAGAAACCAAACUAAAGAUUGUAUCCACACCUGUCAAGACUGUCGUCUGCACAAAGCGCUACAACAUGUGUUUUCUACUCAGAACCAUCCUAAUCACUGGAGGAAUGUCUUUUUUCCGACUCUGAAGUCUCCAUUUCGGCAACAGCUAAAAAAAGGAAGCAUCGAGCGCCAUGACCAUUAUCUACCAGUACCGGGUGGCCACGGCAUCCCUGGGUGGGUUUGUGAAGCUGCUGUGCGCCUGGCGGGGUAGUGUGUACAAGUUGUUGUUCAAGGAGACCUUGCUCUUCUCUGGUCUCUACGCCCUCAUCAGCUUGACCUACAGGUUCGCCCUCAGCGACCAGCAGAAAUUACAGUUCGAGCAGGUGGCCAUGCACUGCAACAGCUACACCAGCUUCAUACCAGUCUCCUUCGUCCUCGGCUUCUACGUCACAGUCGUGGUGCAGCGAUGGUGGCAGCAGUUUAUCAACGUCCCAUGGCCGGACAGGACGAUCUUUGUCAUGUGUACAUACCUCAACGGGCAAGAGGAACGGGCGAGGAUCAUGAGGCGGACUGUGGCUCGCUACAUGCUGUUCGGACUGAUCCUCAUCAUGCGAGCAGUGUCUGUGGCCGUGAUGAAGCGCUUCCCCACCAUGGACCACAUCAUUGAAGCAGGUUUCGUGACCAAGGAGGAGGCCGAGGCGUAUGAGGCUGUGCAGUGCAAGUAUCUCAAGUUCUGGGUUCCGCUCAUGUGGGCCAACAACAUCAUCGCACGCGCCCGCCACGAGGCUCGCAUUGAGACGGAGUUUGGGCUGCGAAUGAUACUAGAGCAACUGGCUGACUUCCGAGACAAGUGUUCCAUCUGCUUCGUGUACGACUGGAUCACAAUACCUCUCGUUUACACACAGGUGGUCACACUUGCUGUGUACUCCUUCUUUGCUGCGUGUCUGGUGGGCCGGCAGUUUCUGGACACGAAACAUGGCUACCCAGGGUACGAGUAUGAUUUGUACGUUCCAGUUUUCACGCUGCUGCAAUUCUUCUUUUAUAUGGGGUGGCUAAAGGUCAGUCUUCCUGAACAGAUGAUUAACCCGUUCGGCGAGGACGACGAUGAUUACGACAUCAACUGGCUGCUCGACCGCCACACUGCAGUGGCUUUUGCACUGGUCGAUCAAUGCUGCGGUCGCCACCCGCCACUCAUCCGUGACCAGUUCUGGAACGAUGUGGUCAUGCCUGAGCUGCCCUACACGGAGGCCUCCUACUCCUCCAAGCGGCACAACUUCCUGGGUUCCACCUUCAACAUCGAACCUCCAUCGAGAGAAGAGAUGCAGAUCCAUCACGAGCAUGAAGGCUUGAGAAGGCGCAGUCGGAGUUCCUUUGCCGGCUCUCUCCUCAGUCUCUUCUCCCUCAAACCUCAGAACCGUCUUCUCUCUGGAUCACGAGACACCCUAGAUUCUGCAGAACACCAUACUGGACGCUUCCUGUCUGUACCAAACGGAAAGACGGGUUAUCUGCCGGUGUCCCCUUUAGUGACGGCCAUGGAAAAGUCCUCUAGCGUCUCUAUUGACCUGUCGGACACUGGUGAUGGACACGCAAACUCAGUCCCGUGGUGCAGACCAGGGAGCGAUCCAGCAGUUUCAAAAUGAACAAAACUGAGAAUGUAGAGCCCAAGGUUCGAAAGCUGAGUUCUCCCUCGCGCUUUCAUUUCGGCUCAAAGAAGGACAAGGAAGUGAACUCACCGAAACCAACAAGGUUCAAGGUAGAACCUGUGGAUGACCCACACCCACCACCAGACACGUCCUCCACCAUCUCCGCCAGCUCCACCGGAGGGACCAGCAGCGGGGUCAACACCAGAAUGCGGAAAACUGGCUACAUCCUGACCAACGCCCAGCAGCUGAUGAGUAAAGCAUCCGUGUCCAGGGCCCCUAUCCUGUCCAUCAUCGAGGAGGGCAACACCGUCACCAGCUUACGUCAGAUCUUCUCUGCGCGUGCACCUGGCGAUGAAGAGGGAGACGACGGGUCAUCAGACGAUGAGCCUUUUGAGAGGCAGUCCACAGUCCCUUUGCUUGAUGAGAUAACGGAAGUACCAGUGGAAUCAGGGUCGCCACAAAAUGCCAUACCGAUGAUCACCGUCGAUGAAUACUGAUGUAAUAUUUACAUCAGCUACAACGAUCUUAUACUGUUUUCUUGCAGCAACAUAUGUCUUCGUCCAAAAUAGUUUUCAAUGCAUUUGCAGAGUUUUGUCGAUUUCUUUACAUCUCCACUAAACAGGACUUUCCCGCAGAUUGGGAGCUGGGGUAGGUGGUAUGGGAGGGACAUGUGAAGGGCUGGUGGUCGACGGUGUGAGAACAGAACAUGAUUUGCUGAUCCCUGAUCUCAAUACAUUUGAACCAGAAGGAAUAAUUUCAUCUUCUGUCAAACAGUUGUUUGUGAAUCAUCAUACUCGGGACUUUGCUGCAACUUGAAAAUGUCUCCACCAUCGCCUGACCAGAGCUAGAACCGGUGGUACUGUAUUUCAGAACUAUGUAGAUACACGUUUCGGCUUUCUUUGGAGAAGAGACUGGUAAAUAAAGAAAAGACUUUGGCUGUU